AUGAUCAGCAGAAGGCAAAUAGUUAAUCGACUUACAAGAGGAUCACUGCAUAGAGAUGCUAUCUCCAUUGUUGGAAUGCCUAGAAUCGGUAAAACAACUUUGGCUAACAAAGUGUAUGAUGACCCUGAAAUUGUCGGGUACUUCCAUACUCGUGCAUGGUGUUAUGUUUCACAAGUAUACACCAAAAGAGACCUCUUGCUUGAAAUUUUGAGCCACAUUAUUGAGCUUGUUGAUAAUAUCCAUUCAAUGGAACAUGAAGAUUUGGAAUUGCUAUUGUGUCAAAGCUUGGGGAGAAAUCGGUACCUUAUCAUUAUGGAUGACAUGUGGGAUAUUGGGGCAUGGGAUGACUUACAGAGCUCUUUCCCAAAUGACCAAAAUGGAAGUACAAUUUUGAUAACCAGUAGUCUCUCUGGUAUGGUUUUCAAAGUCACUCUAGAAAGUAAUCUUUUUAAUCUUCGUCCACUCUCUGAUGAUGAUGCGUGGGAGUUACAAUGA